AACUCGAGUUUGAAUGGAUCUGAGAGGGUCUCCUGAUUCUUGUGGUCUUAUGCACCAAUGAAAUAUGGCGGAUUAUGAUGGUGGCGUUCUAGCUGUUGGAAUAAAUGUAGAUAUACAGAGAACAGAUGGUCGUGUACAUUCGGCUAUUGUGAGUGGUAUUAAUCCCAACACAAAAAGUGUGACAGUAGAAUGGUAUGAAAAAGGAGAAGCUAAAGGAAAGGAGAUAGAAUUGGAAGCAAUACUUCAAUUGAACCCGAAUUUAAGAUAUUCAUGUCCCAUCGUAGAUAAUGUUUAUGGGAAUGCUGAUAUCAGUCGAAACAAUUUAGUUAAAGAAGUUCCGAAUUCCUCACACCGUCCCGGAGUCAAUCUUCCUACUGAUAUACGGCAGUCUCAAAAUUCUGUUCCUGUGGCGGCUGCUGCUUCUGUUCUCGCUCCAUCUAGUAACAAAGUUAACGCCACUCAAAUAGAAUACUCAUCUAGUAAUCAAUCUCGUUUGAUUGCCCCAUCAACACGCGUUCCUGUCCCGUCUUCUCGUGUGCCUAUUGGCCAUGUUCCCACUCGCUCUACAACAAUAUCUGCCUAUGAUGACCGUACAAAUAACUCUUCUCGAUCUCAAGCUCCUCUCCCGGUACAUAAUUCUGUGGAUAUUAGUCACACUCACAAUGAAGGAUUCCGUUAUAAUGUACAUCAACAUCGUGCAAUUUCUGAUGAGCCAAUGGAUGAAGAUCUGGAACCAUCAGAAUCUGUUCAACUGGACCACAAUGAUUAUAAUCAUGUGACCAGUAUGUUACGGGAACCUGAAAAUAAUACUUUACUCACUGAACGGAUGGAACAGGAUAUCGGUGAUGUAAUUGAAGAUAACCUUCAAUCAGGAAUAAUCAAUGGGAACCGUGGCUUUGCAGGUGAUGCUUCUCGCCGUCUGAUAGGUCGCGCAAAUUCUAAUUUAGGCGCACCUAUUGUAAAUAGUACAUUGUCUGCACUGAAUACAAGUUCACCUACUACUGCUCCUGGUAUUAACGCUGGUGCCGCCGGUGGUAGUGGGACUUUACGCAAGUCUAAUUGUGUGAAAGAAAUCGAGCGAAUACAACAGCGACGUGAAGAACGACGUGCUGCCCAGAAAGCAGUUCGUGAUCAAAUUGAUUUAGACCCAACCAAUCCUAGUUAUGAGUUUCAUAUGAUGAUUCAUGAAUAUCGAAAUACAUUGGAAUACAGACCCUUAACCAAUACAGAUUUAAUAGAAGAUCAUCAAAUAUGUGUUUGUGUACGUAAACGUCCUAUGAACAAAAAAGAACUUGGCCGUCGUGAAAUUGAUGUGAUCACAGUCCCGAAUAAACAACAUGUACUUGUCCAUGAACCAAAAACUAAAGUUGAUCUAACGAAAUAUCUUGAAAAUCAACAAUUCCGUUUUGAUUAUGCAUUUGAUGAUACAUCGGAUAAUGAACUUGUGUAUCGGUAUACUGCGAAACCUUUAGUAGAAUGUAUAUUUCAGCGUGGCAUGGCCACAUGCUUUGCUUAUGGUCAAACAGGAUCUGGGAAAACACAUACAAUGGGUGGUGAAUUUCAUGCUCGUGGUCAACAAAAUUGUUCUAAUGGAAUUUACGCCUUAGCAGCUGCUGAUGUCUUCGAUUUGAAUACAACUACGUAUAGGAAUGAGAAUCUUCGAAUUGUUGCAACAUUUUUCGAAAUAUACAGUGGGAAAGUUUUUGACUUGUUAAAUAAAAAAGCCAAACUUCGAGUUCUGGAAGAUGCUAAAGGUCAAGUACAAAUAGUUGGAUUACGUGAAGAAGAAGUGAAUUCAGUUGAUUGUGUUUUAAAACUUCUACAACAUGGUGCACAUAUUCGAACUAGUGGUCAAACAUCAGCUAAUCAACAUUCUAGUCGUUCCCAUGCUGUCUUUCAAUUGAUUUUAAAAAAACAAUCUACGGGGAAAAUUCAUGGUAAAUUUUCACUUAUUGAUUUGGCCGGUAAUGAACGUGGUGUGGAUACAAGUAGUUCUGAUAGACAUACUCGAAUGGAAGGCGCUGAAAUUAAUAAAAGUCUUUUAGCUUUAAAGGAAUGCAUUCGUGCUCUUGGUCGGCGUGGUGCACAUCUACCUUUUCGUGCGAGUAAAUUAACUCAAGUACUGCGUGAUUCAUUUAUUGGAGAUCGUUCUCGAACGUGUAUGAUUGCUAUGAUAUCACCUGGUAUGUCCAGCUGUGAACAUACAUUAAAUACACUACGUUACGCUGAUCGGGUGAAAGAACUUGGACCAGGAACUUUGUCGGCAAGUAACAGUAAUACUGAUCUACCGGCAACUGGUAAUACUAAUCAACCACAGUUAUCAUCUCGUAGUUCAAAUUGUACUGUUGCUGGAGGCACGGUGCCUCCUCAAAUCAACUUUCGGAAUCCUCCAAGUACUAAUAUAGGAACAAGCGGGAAUAUCUUGUCGAAAAAUUAUUACCCUUCAUCCAAUAAUAAUGAUUUUAGUAAUAACAACUGGCAGAAUGAUACAUUAACAAAUAAUCAUGUUAAUUCAAUUGCUGGCGGUGACGGUGAUUUAGCUAUGCUUCGAUCAGCUAAUGAAGGUGAAGUACCUGAGGAAGUUCUUCAUUUUCAUGAAGUUAUCGAUCAGAUUGAACGCAUGGAAGAAGAAAUUUGCGAUGAUCACAAAGCUGUUUGUCAUGUAAGCAAUCUUGCUUUGCCUCCGUUGAUUAUAAAUUUUAACUUUUGUGUAAAAAAAGGUUUUAUAGGGAUAUAUAAAUAUAAAUGGUUUUAAGGAAUCGACAUGAAACUUUGUGUAAUCUGGUUUCCUGUCACCUUGCAAUAGUCAGUAAGGCGUAUCAGUAGUCAAGAAGGAGUGGGGUGAGUUGGAAUUCUACAAGGAACACCAUUUCCAACUGUUUAACAUCUAUGCGUUAUACGCCGUGUCGAAUCACCGUAGAGGAAUGAAUUAGCUAACAAUUGAAGGGAAAUAUCGUGCGACGAUGCAUUUGGAUUAAGUCUGAGGUAUUUUACUUCAUAUAUUGAGCUUUAUCUUCCAUGAAAUCGAAUUCUUAUCAUCACACACAGUCAAUGGUUUAUUCCAAAUUAUAUUACAUUUUAAACUUCUUCCUGAGAUGGUGGAGAAGAUUUGUAGCUCAGGUGGAUGAUUUUGAUGGAUUUUUGUUCUCUGAGCUGGAUGUUUUGGUCGUCCAUUAAAAACGUCUCCCUCUCUUCCUGUUUAUGGUUGUCAAAUGGUGGUUAGGCACCUAAACUUUCUGAAUCGUCCUUAAAUUUCGUCUGCUACCAAACUCACCAAGACUGAUGAGAAUUUCAAGAUAAGAGUUCGGUGCACUCAACCGAUUCACUCGUUAUUUGUUUAAGCUUUGAUAUAGAGCAGUCUCAAAUAUUCUUGGAUUGUUGAUCAAGAUAAUGAACAGACUAACUGCAUUUCCUCGGAAUCUUCGGCACAGAGAACUAUGUCGAAUCGAUAUCCCAAAACGACAAUUAAAUCUGAAAAGAUCAGUUCCUGAAGAAAGUGUAAUUUCUCGGACGCCAUCUACGGCAAAGUUCAAUAAAAUAGAGGGCAGUUGAUGACCCUGUCGAACACUAUUUGAGAUUAACAAUGCCAGUAACAAUUCACCAUAAGCUUUAAAUCAGUCAAUAGUUUCCGAUUGAAGGGCCUUCGCAAGGUUUAUGUAUUUCAGUACACUUUUCAAUGAUAAACCUUGCCAGAGUCUAAAAUUGCCUUGAACAUGUCUACAUCUAGAUUAAAUAUUGUAUACAAGUAAUUUUUCGAAAUUUACGUUAGCAAUCUUAAGGUAGUGGUCAAUUGUAUUGUUUUACAAACUCAGAGUUUUCAUAAUGUAAUCUUUUUGUAUACUCACAAAGUGGCACUUCAGACCAAGUUAUUCAUAUAUCUACGAACUAUAACCUGUAACACAACAAAUCUCAUAGGGUAGUAGCCCAUAGAUUACAAAGUUAAAAUUUGAGAUAUUACAAUGUCUUGCAAAAUACACUUGAAGUAAUCAUGUUUUCCUAAUUGCAGUUUUUAAUUCCCUAUACAUUGCUGUGACUGUUAUUUAGAAAGUCUAGUGCACAUUGAAUGCACAAAAUGUACCUAUGUUAUAAUAUAUAUUUAUAAUAUUUCAAUGGGUAGUAAAUCAAAAGCAAAUUAUAACUGGUAUGAUGAAAGUAAUAGUUUAGAAAUUGGAACUGGUUUUUUCGAAUUAUUAUUAAUCGUAAUUUUGUUGUAUAAUCAAUAAGUGACUUUAUUAUUGUGUACAUGUAUUCCAUUUAUCACAGGCUUUCUGUUGAUUUAUUAACUACUGUUGUACGAUUUACUAUUCUUAAUUUGUUGCCAGCCUAUUAUUUACAAUCUCGCCUAUUCAUAGCCAAUUUUGUAUUUUUAUUUUUCAUUAUAUGAUGUAAUGUGAUCUGGUAUGUUUGUAUAUAAGUCACGCCUGUUUGAAAUAUAAGUAUAGUAGAGGCUGGAUGGUACUUCUGAACUUAAGGUCGGUUGUAGAGAGGUACUAGAGAAUUGCUGACCUAUGAGAAACUUAGUUGCCAGCUCGUCGAUUCUGCUGGUUGGGUGUGUAUUUGUGCAAUUCAUGGACACUUGGGCUAUCAAGGAAAUAGGAUGUGCGGAACGGAUUCUGAUUAGCGACUGGCCAUGUUGAUUUGGGUCUCAGCGGCCAUAAGACAACGAUAAUUGGUUCAUUUGUUGCUUGAAUUAUUUCACAUUAUCAAUUCACCCUUUAAUAACUACGCUUUCUCUGUGUUAUUUUCUGUGGUGUCAUGGAUUUCGAUAUCAUGUGAGACUUAUUUAUGUACUCUGUUCUGAGUCAUAUUUUAUAUGUGUAAGUGGUGUGUUAAGGAUACUUCGCUGCUGAAUUCAAUCUACCAAUGAUUGUUGAAAAGCCGAAUGCUUAAACUACUGAUGUGUAGUAGUGGUUGAGCGUGGAGAAAUAGCCACAGUUUAAAAAUUAUUAAAUAUGUGAUCUCUCUUCCUUUCAUUGAAUAUCUCUACACUGGACUCACUGAGUGUGACUAUUUGUAAUUGUAUUGAAUAUAUUAUUAUCUAAUAUUAAUCUACUUUUCUAUUCUGGGUUGUAAAUCCUGAAUCUGAUAUAACGUGAUUAAUCUUAUUAUCUUCUUAGUUUAAUGUUCAAUAGUGAACCAUGUUUUAUACAUUUAAAUACCUGUCUAAGCUUUUCUAAUUUUCGAAUAAUUUUAUAUCUGAUUAUUUCAUUAUUUUAUUUUUAUAGUCUAUGAGCGAUUGGACUAAAGAACAUUAUUCUUUAUACAAAAUAUCAAAUCAAGUGGAAUUCGAUGUUGAAGAAUAUAGUGCUCGUUUAGAAUAUCUACUUAGCAAACAAAUUAAAAUUUUAUCCUCUUUAAAAGAUAAAGUGACAUUAUGGCGCCGUGAUCUAAGACAAGAAGAAGAACUAAGCACUAAUUUACAACGAAAUCAUAAAUUAUAGUUUCUAACUCACUUUACUGAUAACAAAUCAAUACAAGUCAAUAACAUAAAUAAUAUGGAUUGUAAUUGUUGAAUCAAUCAUGUUAUAAUGUUUCGCAUUAUAUGUAUGUAUUCGUCUGUCUGUUUACAAACUCCCCGACCUUGAUGAAAGUGAUCCUAGUCAGCAACAUAUUUUGUUGGUUAGAGUUUGGAUUAGAUAUUUUUGUCAAUUAAAGAUUUACUGUGAUACGAUAAAUAGGAUUAUGAACUAUGUUCUUUUUACAGUUUGUAUGCGGUUAUAAGCAUAUCAACACAAGCAUUGAGAAGAUCUUUCGUCUUAAACAUACUCCUGUUGUGUUUUAUGCUGUUGCACCAUGUUGAACACAUGGUUGCUGGUAUCUGUAUGUCUGUAAAACAUGGAAAGCGUGUGCAGAUAUGGUCUGAUUAUGUAUCAUCAGUCCUUGUUCUCUGUAUUUUUUUCUGUUCUCACUAUUCUUAUUCUCCCUAUUUUUUUUUACGUACACCUAUACCAAAUAAAAAGUAGCUCUUCAUGCUUUCUCUCUUUACAUAUUAUCAUUUUUAAAAGUAUAAGCGUUACACAAUUCAAAAUGCAUAUACCAUCAUCAUUUUGUGAUUUGGUUGUCAAGUCUAACAUUACAUUUCAACCAAUUAAAUGCUCUUCUUCUUUAAAAUACUAUCUACAUUUCCUCCCCUUCAUUUUAAUGUAACAAUGAUCUAUUUGUGCACUAAACUAAUGUUGAUUCAUUUCUCACAUAAAAUGAAAUGUAUGUAUCUAUAUAAUCGC